AGGGAGGUUUCCCCGACGAGCACCGAGCAGCAUGGGGUGGGACCGCACGGAAACUCAAACUGGACCGCUUCUUGUGUUUUAUAUGGGUUUAAAACGCAAACGGAGGACAUCAGUGCGCGACAGACUGCAUGUCACGGGGAACUUAAGGACCUCGCGUCUCGUCGAAACCUCUGCAAGUGUCAGGAAAAUGAUUGAGAGUUUAGGUGUGGCUGGGGUUUUAGAAGGUCUUCUGUUCCACAGUAUUAACAGUCGUGCGAUAUCCACCCUCGUUUUUGUUUUUUGUUUGUGAUUUCUGCCUUUUCGAGUAUGCUUUGUCAUUUCUGUAGGGCAGACAUUACAUAACAAAUGUAUAUUACCAUUUUGGUCUCCGUGAGGUUCUUUUAAAGCCCUGACCGCUUAUACCACUACAAUGUACACUAAGAAGUGCGUCGAAUGUUUUCUCUAUUGCAUAUUAUAGUUAGAACCGAAAUGAACGUGGCAACUUUACAGUAGACAGCUGCUGUACUGAAUGCUACAGGCGAACAGGGCGUGGGGAACAGUCCGAUCAGAGCCCAGGAGUCUUCUAUCUGCGCACAUUAGAAGCUUCACAGACUUCACAAAUCCAUCCGUGGAAGCGCUGGAUUUGCUGCACCCAAAGUGCCCUCAGCAGAUCUAUGGUGACAAACUGUCCUCUAACGACCAUAUUGGCAUUACGCACAAGGAUCUAUAGCGAACCAGAGGCCCAGUGCCCUGCAGACAGCAGCACACACAUAUGCUUUGUGUUAUAGACUGAGCUAAGAUGUCGGACAUGCAAGAUGCAUUGCUGCUGGGCUCUGAAGGCAUCAGGAAGACUAUUCUGCAUGGAGGAACCGGAGACAUCCCCAAGUUCUGCACAGGGACCAAGGUGACCUUUCACUUCAGGACUCAGCUGUGUGAUGACGAGCGGACGCUGAUAGAUGACAGUAAAGUGGUGGGGACUCCAAUGGAGAUAGUGAUUGGAAACAUGUUUAAACUGGACAUCUGGGAGACACUACUGGCUUCUAUGAGGGUUGGCGAGGUGGCCGAGUUCUGGUGCGACACAGUCCACACUGGCAUUUAUCCACUUGUGGCCAAAAGUAUGAGACGAAUCGCAGAAGGCAAAGACCCGGUGGAGUGGCAGAUGCACACAUGCGGGAUGGCAAACAUGUUUGCUUACCACAGCCUUGGAUACGAAGACCUGGAUGAACUCAUGAAGGAGCCCAAACCAUUAUACUUUGUUUUUGAGCUGAUCAGGGUCCAGCAGCCAAACGAGUACAACAGGGAGUCAUGGGCUUUGAAUGAUGAGGAGAGGUUGAAGGUGGUGCCUGUUUUGCAUGGCCAGGGCAAUAAGUUCUAUAAGCAGGGCCACUAUCCGGAGGCAGCUCAGAAGUACAAAGAAGCGAUCAUCUGCCUGAAAAACGUACAGACCAAGGAGAAAGCAUGGGAGGUUCCGUGGCUAAAGCUGGAGAAGAUGUCCAACACACUAACCCUGAACUACUGCCAAUGUCUGCUGCGCAUGGAGGAGUACUAUGAGGUCAUCGAGCACACUAGUGAUAUCAUUAACCAGCACCCGGGUGUGGCAAAAGCCUAUUACCUUAGAGGAAAAGCCCAUAAGGAGGUGUGGAACGAGGCAGAGGCGCGGCAGGACUUCAACAGAGUGCUGGAGUUUGAUCCUGGGAUGAAGAAAUCUGUGAAAAGGGAACUGGCUGUGUUAAACAUGCGCAUGGAGGAGAAGAACAAGGAGGACAGGCAGAAAUACAAGGGCAUGUUUUAA